CGUGUGAACAACAAACAGUUGUUGGACUUCAACAAGCUAGCGAAUGGUAACGCCAGACAAAACAGGUUCAACGUACUUCUCCCGGAUAGAGAAACACUUACAAAACCUGUGCGGUCGGAACAUCCAUUAUAAUCUCCAUAAUAAUUAGCGGCAUUUGUGCCGGCAGGUGUAGCUUCGCCACGGUUCCCUAUAGCGCAAACCUUAGCCACUGAAACAUGGUCAUUGCGCGGAGUGUGACGCCUGUUUUUUUCCUGCCUGGUCGACGGUUGUGAUGCGAGCCGAGCAACACGACGGCGGGUGAGACUCCACGGCCGGAACAUAUUGUUAUUGACCGAGAAGAAUGGACUUUGUGUGGGAGAAACAGACGGGCUCACGUAAAGAAGCUGGCAUGCGACCGCACACGGGCCUGGAAGAACAACUUUAGCAAGCUAGCUAACAUUAGCUCGCUCAAAUAUUCAUGCAAAUUAAUUGGUUUGGUGUCGGAGCAGUAAGCUCUCUCUGUUAUGGAGGCUCCCUGAGGGACUGGUGCAUUUCUAUUGACUGUCCUGGUCUUCUUAAGUGUUGUUGGCGAUGUGCUGACGACAGUGAGCAUUUCUUCGCUUCCCUCCUGUAGGACACGGUUGGCAGAGAUUAUUAAGAGGUGGUUGCCUGCCUGGGUGGUGAUAAGUGUAACAAAGUUGCCUGGUUUGGCACACAGAUAAUUGCUGCAACAGUAUCCAUUUUUCACAUAUUUCUUUUAUUGAAAUUUUGUGUGAAAUUGCACUUUAAUUUGCUGUUUUUUUUAAGGAUGCACCAAAGUCACCUGAGAUUUUCGGUUAUUUAAUUCACCCCUUGUAUUCACAAAUUAGUUAAAAUAUAGGUAUAAUUUUCUAAUUGCACUUGAAUAUAAGUUGGUGAAUACAGGACCAGUAUAGGUUCACAUUUAAGUAUAUUGUCUUGAGACAGGCUUAUCCAUGUCAGUGGGUUACUAGUCACUGUUUAACCUAAUAUCUAGGCUGUCUGGCACAGUUACUAUCUGAGUCUCACUGGAAAUGAAAACAUGAAUUUCGAAGAGCAGUGUCUAGAUUUGUGCAAUGUCAAGACAAAAAGCAACGUGGGCGAUGAUCACAACACUACCAACAACACAGAAGGGGUCACCCCCCGGAUCUCUGAACUGAUGACGGAAAGUAACACAGAAAAACAAAACAUUGUUCCCACAGAGGCCUCCGAAACGUACCUGAUGCCUCAGCUCACCGACAACCUUCAAGCGGCGGAGGACAACCACCAGGCACAAGACACACUGGAAAUUGACGAGGUCAACGGGAAUAGAAAGAGCACUGUUCAAGACACCCCUGCGGUAGGGAAUCCCACUGACUUGAUCUUUUCUAAUGAUGAGCAGCACAAGGAUGAUAUUGGGGUGGAGAAAAUAAAGGAAGAUAAGGACACUGAUCCUGCAACGUUUGUUGUGGAAGAAGGGGACGAUGGUGGGGACAUGGACAUAGGUGUGGAUCUGAGUCUCGAUGAGAGCGGCGUGUUGGAGGCUGAAUCGACAAAUGACGGAUCGUUCACGGACAAUACUGUAGACUCUGAAUCCACGGCUCAGGAUGUCCCAGCUGAGAGCCCGUCAGACGCCAUCCAGACGAGCAGCACAGAAGCCUCUGCCACAGACCAAGCUGGACUGUACCCUUCUGUGGAGGAGGGGGACGAUAAACAAAAGCCAAGUGGCAAACGGGUGAAGUUUCCCUCAGAUGAGGAUAUUAUCUCUGGAGCAGUGGAGCCCAAGGAUCCCUGGAGACAUGCUCAGAAUGUGACGGUGGAGGAGAUCCUCUCUUCCUACAAACAAGCCUGUCAGAAGCUCAACUGUAAACCCAUCCCCAAAGUGCUCAAACAGAUACAGGAACUGAAAGACCUGACUCUGCGAAACGAAUGCUUAGAUCUGAAAGGUGAGAAACUGGACUACAAAGCAUGUGAGUCUCUGGAAGAGAUUUUGAAGAGGGUCCAGUUUAAAGUGAUAGACCUGGAGCAAACCAACCUGGAUGAAGAUGGUGCAUCCGCUCUGUUCGACAUGAUCGAGUACUACGAGUCGGCCACGCAUCUCAACAUCUCCUUCAACAAGCACAUCGGCACACGGGGAUGGCAAGCUGCCGCUCACAUGAUGAGGAAGACGAGCUCUCUGCAGUAUCUGGAUGCACGUAACACUCCUCUGCUGGACCACUCGGCUCCCUUUGUAGCACGAGCACUCAGGAUCAGUGGCAGCCUGGCAGUCCUCCACCUAGAGAAUGCCGGUCUGUCUGGCAGACCGCUCAUGUUACUGGCUACGGCUCUGAAGAUGAAUAUGAACCUGCGGGAAUUGUACCUGGCAGACAACAAGCUCAAUGGCCUGCAGGACUCGGCCCAACUUGGCAACUUGCUUAAGUUCAACUACAACAUUCAGAUCCUGGACCUGCGCAACAACCACAUCCUAGACUCUGGUCUUGCCUACGUGUGCGAAGGACUAAAGGAGCAGAGGAAAGGCCUCGUCACUUUGGUGCUAUGGAACAACCAGCUCACACACAAUGGCAUGGGCUACCUCGCUGCUGCACUGCCAUGCACCCAGAGUCUGGAGACUCUGAACCUCGGCCAUAACUCUGUGGGUAAUGAAGGGGUCCACAAGCUGAAGGACGGACUGAUUUCCAACCGCUCCGUGCUCAGACUGGGCCUCGCCUCCACCAAGCUGUCCUGCGAAGGAGCUGUGGCUGUGGCUGAAUUCAUUGCUGAGAGCCCCAGACUGCUGCGUCUAGACCUUCGAGAGAAUGAGAUCAAGACGGGUGGACUGAUGGCGCUGUCACUCGCUCUAAAAGUCAACUCCUCUCUGCUGCGUCUCGACCUUGACCGGGAGCCCAAAAAAGAAACUGUGAAGAGCUUCAUUGAGACCCAGCGCGCCCUGCUGGCUGAGAUCCAGAAUGGCUGCAAGAGGAACUUCAUCCUGGCCAAGGAAAAGGAGGAAACAGAGCAGCAGAUGAGGCAGUCGGCAUCCAUGGCUGAAAUAGCCACAGAGGAUGGGACCCGAGAAGAAGAGGAGGAAGAACCAUUAACAGAGGAGAGAGGGGACAAGGAGGUUACAGACGGAGGAGAAAAAGGUGAAACAACAGGGAACGAAGAACAGUCAAGCAGCCAGUCACGAGAGAGCACUGAGACGAGCAUUCCUCAAAUGAUCCUGGACUCAGACUCAGACACUGAGGAUGAGGACGAUGAGGUGGUAACAAAGUCAUCUUCCUCGUCGACCUCCUCCACUCGGUUUAUCCAGACUAAUCCUCAAACCCACACGGGGGUUGCACAGCCCCUGCUCAGUGCCUCAUGUACGUCCUCGCCCCCGUCCGCCUCACCUGCUGCCGGGCCGAGUGCCAUUUCCGCCAUCACCGUCACAGAAUCCGCAGUUCCUCCAGGCACCCCUCCAUCUCCUGGUCGCUGUAUAUCUGUCUCUAGUCCAGGGAGGGGUCACAAGAUCUUCAUGGUAACUCGGGUGGAGAGCCCCCCUCAGCAGCAGCAGCAACAGCAGCUGCUACAAGUCCAGUUGGGUGUACCUGCAGCUCCCAGACGUAAAGAUGCCUCAAAGAAGCCUGUAGACGGGAACACCCCCCCUACGGAGCAGACACAGCCCCCGCCCUCAUCUCAAACAGCUACACAAACACAAAUGGCACAAGAAGACGCGAAGGAGAGCUCGCCUGCUCCGUCAACAGACUGUACACUCACAGAGCAGAGUCCUGUAGCACACUUAGAGUCUGCACUCAAUACUACACUAGAGCCACAGUCUGCAGGGCAACCCACAGAGGAUGUGGUCCCUAGCACUUUAGAUCCAGAAGUGACAGAUACAAGUCAACCAGCACCAGCCAUGCCUUCCAAUUCCUCGUCAGUGCAGGCUGCAGCAUUUCAGUUCACUGAGGAGGUGAUAGAGAGCAUUCAAAGCCUCCAACUUGAGCCCACUUGUGUAGAAGGAAGGAAGGAGGAAGGUCCUAUAGAAGAUGAGAGACAGGUGAGCACAGAAGGAGGGUAUAAACUGUUCGGUGAACCGAGUCAAACCCAGACUAGUAUCCCUGCGGUACAAACGCAGCAGCCGUUACCGUGUGCUCUUGAAAACCUACCGGAUGAGCUAACAUCUGCAUCAGAGGACACUCGGUCGCCGAACCAAACAGAGGAAGAAAAAGAGGAGCCGCUUCUACAGGAGAAGCAGGACGAACCAGAAAAACCCAGUUUAACAGAGAAAGGCGACAGCCCGCCAACCCAAGAGGAACCAUGUCCAAAACAGCCAACGGAGGCAGGUGAGCCGGCAGUAGAGCCUGUUCUCUCUGUCCAGACUGAUAAACAGGAGCCAUCUGUCACUCAAGGUGGAGCUCAGGAGUUAAAUCCUCAAGCAGAGGAAGCCUCAAAGAGUCCCGAACCUGCCGCGACCGAGUCCGUGUCCCCAGUCAAGGACGAGGAUUCGCCCGAUGAGAGCUCUGCAGACGAGGACGAAUGUUUCGCUGAGGCUCCGGAGGACGAGAUAGUUGGUUCAGCUCUACCCAACGGCCUGAAGCCAGAGUUCUCCCGCCAUCUUCUUGAUGCCGAAAGCCCCAAACCAGGAAGCUGUGUGAUGGAGCACGUGAGUGUCAGCUGUGGACAAGAGCUGGAGGAGCUGCUGCUAGAAGCCAGUUUGGAGACGGGCAGAGAGGCACCAUGAGGAUGGACAGUGAGGACAAGAGGAAACGGCACUCGGUUUGUCUGGCUCUACUACGUGACUGGUUGCCCGACGAUGUUUUUGUUGUUUCUUUGACUUUACCACCAACACAACCUUUCCUUAAAGGACAGAAGACCCGGUGUGACAGUUGAAGCUCUCUGAAAAUAUAAGCAAAUUAUGGAAAGACAAUAGGACAAAAUCAACUCCUGGAGCGUUGCUGUGACAAAUAUGGAACCCUCUACAUCCACAUGACAUUGACCACUGAAACACACACACACAUAUGCACAUUAUGAGGAAGGAGGGGGAAGAGAAAUAAAAUCACCAUGUUAUCACUACAUUUUGUUAAUCUGCAGUCUUUACACACAAGCAGCCGCCUGCGGAUGAGAGAGAAGAGAGCCGGAGGAUGAAACGCUAACCAAAGACAGAACACAGACCUUUCCCUCUUGUUGCUCUCUUGUGUAGAUUCUCACUGUAGUUGGGGAAAUAUCUAGCAAUUUAAGUUUGUUUUGUUUUUGUUUUUUUUGGGGGGGGGCUUUUUUCUUCAUAAAGUACAUACACAAAGACAUAACGUGAUAAUAAGAAAAAAGGGUUGAUGACACAGUCGCAUCACAGAAUAAUGGUGCUGAGCGGACCUGCUGGCUUUAAACACUAGUUCUGGGAGUAAGUCGCUGUCAAAGGUUUUUAUAUCUGAGGAAGCUGAAGAUGUUAACGUGUCUGUUUAAAUGUCAAUGGUUUAUGUAUGUGUCCCCACUCCCGACCAGAAAAAAAAAAAAAAGCUCUUAAGGGACCUCUGCCAAAGUGACCUCCCCCUUUGUCCAUUUUUCUCCUCACUCACUUUGGCCCCUCAGGGAUCAGCGUCUCCCUCCGGUUGGUCUCCUCAGAUCUGAUGUGGAGGAGCUGUAACUGUCUCUCUACUUGCCUUUCAAACGCUUUCUGAAAGCGACAGUCGGUUUGCUCCCAGCUGAAAAAGACGGAACUUCUGCGGAUGUCAGAAAGCAAGAUGUCUGAGCUAUUUACAUCUUCUUCUUUUUUUUUUCCUCUGUUCUCUGCGACUUUCAGACACUAUUAUUAUUAUUAUUAUUAUUAUUAUUAUUAUUGCUUUUGUUCAACCGGUCGUCGUUGUGUUAAACUCUUUCUAGAAAAGCAGCUCGGUCUCUGUCGUCAUCUCUCCCUCUUCCCGUCUUCCACCUGGUACUUUAUGCCGUCACCGCUCCAGCUCAUCAUUCAUGUUGCCUUCAAAACUCACCACUUCAGAUUCGGUCCUUUUUUCUGUUUGGGCUGCUUUGAGAAAUUAGUUAUUUUCUAUUUAUUUUAUAGCUUCAUGAGCCUUUUCUGAUUUACUUUUCCCAGUUUCUUCUUCGCCCUUCUUCUUUCCUCAUUUUAUUUUUUAUUUUCCUUUUUGGGGGUUGCUUUUAAAGAUUAACCCCAUGUUGAUGUAUAUUUCAGAUUCAAACUAGAGCAAAUAUCUUUUUUUGGGGGGGGGGCAGUGUAAUCUGUGUUGGAAGGAAAGGUGAACAUGAUUGGAUGGUUGACGAUGAUGAACACUAGGGAGCAGCACAUAUCUUAGUUCUCAUCAUGUUUUUAACACUACUGUGGGGUGACGCUGUGGCCACGAGGGGGCGCUGUGGGCCGUGUUGGUCUCACACAGAGGAAAGGAAACCACACUGCAGGAGCUGAUGUCUGCCCUCAAAUCCAACUCCUGUCUGGAAUAUUACAGAGCAAGAACUUAAGCGAGCAGCUUUACAUGAAAUGUCAACUUCAUGUAUGUUUGGUAGAGAGAGCUGCUUUGUAUUUCCUGAAACGGGUACAGGCAAGUGUGUGUGUUUGUUUUUUGUUUUUCUUAAAAGGAGCAGCAUUCAAUCUCCCUGCUCCUUUCCACCCAACAGAUAGAUUGCCCCCCCUCACUGUUUGUUAUGCUUUAAUUUUUAGAAAUUUUAAUAAUAAUUUGUUAACUUAAUUGAAAAGUGCUGGUAAUCACAAAGAAAUGUAUGGCGAAAUUUGUUCCUCUCAAAUAAAUGCAUGUAAUGACUAAAAGAUGUGACUGAAUGUUUCACUGUCUGAACUCUGAUGGAAACAUGUGAGCAGAUCUGUUGGGAUUGUUGGAGACAGCUGGUCUCUCUUAAAUGCGUGAUCUUUGAAACCUCGACUAAAUGUUUUGCAGGAGUCGAUAUAUCACUUCUCUAGUAACGGUAAUAAUUAUUGAAAAGUGCAGUCCAUUUAAAGGUGGGUUUUUAUUUUCACUUUCUGUUGAUCAGAACCAGAAUUACCAACGUUUGGAAACGUUUCACAUGCGCUGUCUGUAGUGUAGUUUUAGUAAUUAUUAUUGUUUUCAAGUUGGAUGUAUACCAGAGCUUUAGGAAAAUCAAUUUUUGCGGUUGAAAUUGCAACUUUGAUGUUGAAUACCUUUACAUAGGUUUCCUGUCCCAUGUUUUAUUGUUCAUGUAUCUGUUGUUUGCUAUAUCUGUUGAAAAAUCAUUCCUGUAAAACAAACAUAUUUUUGAUGACUCAUCUUGAACUCUGGGUGGAUACAUUAAUGUGUCCAAUCAAUUGUAAGUUGGUGUGAUCAGACAAACGGCCAUCAAAUACAACCACACAAAUCGUUAGCGUUUAAGAUGGACAAACCUUUGUUCCAGAGAAUGUGGCAGCGAGUAACGUGUUCAUUAGCAAACUUUGUGGCAAUAAGCAGCCUGCACUUUUCAGUUUACAUGAUGUGCGAAGCGGCACCUCGUUUUUGUUUGCAUCUGUUGUCUUGGAGGCCAGGGACAUAAAAAAAGAAGAAUCACAGACAUGUCUCCACAGCGGAUAAAGACGUCCCGAGGCACCACUGCAUCGCCUUGUGGUCAGUUUUGUAGUUUAUUUUGCAAAAAUACUGUGUAGCCAGCAGCCACAUUUCUCCCCAAUUUACAUAAAGUUUUAAAAUUUCAACUUUUGAAACCUCCCUACAUGCAUGUACACACACAACAUUCUUUCUCAGUGGGGCUUUACCCUCAUGACAGGGUCAGACCCAAAUUCAGCCACGAAGAAAGAAUGCUGCUUUUCUGCACUGAGUGCAGGCACAGUGAGUUAAAUGUUUGAUAAAACAUACAAAAUAUUAGCACUCAAAGUGCAAAUAAGACUGAUGGGAAUGUCAUUUUCAUGGUUUUCCCUCCAACAGGUGUUGAGAUAUUUCAGUCUGGAGCACUAACCAACACAGCCAUGGGCCACGCUAUUAGCAUGACUAAAAAGAAAUGUGAAAUAUUCAAAAUCAACGUCUCUUUCCAAAAGGAAGAUUAACAGGAUAACAAAUGCAAAAAAAACUACGUGCUUCUGCUCCCCAAAAUGUUUUCUUUUCUUUUUUUUAAUUCCCUCUAAUCUUUUGUCUUGCAAUACUUUGGAAUAUUUUGUAUGUCUUUUAAGCCUUUAAGAAAUAUUCCAUAAAAACAAAGAAAAGUGUCUCUCCCUUCUGUCUCCUGGAGUGAGGGUGUGUAGUGAUUGGCGGGCGGGGCUCGAGCACAGGGUGGGAGCUCUGCUCUGUAUGCGAGGAAUUCCACACUGCACUAAUCCACUCCCACCUAAUAGUGCUUUAAUAAUACAGAGGGUUGGGAGACUUUAUCUUCUGCCUCUCUUUAUAGUUUGAAUGUUGGAAGUGUGUAAAGAGCAAAGGUCAUUGGGAGCAUUUACAGUCAUUUUUAAGCUCUCACAAAACAUCUUUACUUUAACCAAAAGUCUCUGUUUCACAUCACAGUGAGUUGAGUCGAUGCGAUAAAGGUCUGGGCUCUUGCACCUCCAUAGUGAGCACCGCAGGGUUUCGGUUUCAUUGCACCUGUAAAGUUCUGGUUAAAAAUAAAAUAUUUCCUGAUGCGUU